AUGGAGGUCCUGUUAGAUUGCGGGUCAGAGAGGUGGCUCGCUGGCUCAAAGGCUCCCAGCCCACCAGCUGAGUGUCAAGUUGCCUGCACAGCAGAGAGCAGUCUUGACAGGGAUGGGGCCAUGAUGAUCAGCUUAGGAGGAACCCAUGUUGUGCCACAAGGCAGUGUGGGGGAUGAGUGGGCCAUCCUGAAGAUGGUAGAGAGCUGUGAUGGAGAGGUCCCAAUGCUCCACUGCCAAGCAGUCAGUGUAGCACUGGAAACAGUCAGAGUUCCAGUGGCCAAGACACUGGAUGGUGUCAGCAUUGGCUCCAAGGCUGGCAGCCCAGGUGGCAGCACCACAGUGGAAGGAGUGGCCAGCAUAGGCCAAGGGGGAGAGGCCAGAAGCUGCAAUUGCCUGCUGCAGUUCCAAGGCCAUGCUGGCCACCCAGAGGAUGAUGGCUGGGUCAGAGGAACAUUCCCACACAACCUUGCCAGAGCAGAGGAAGCAGGCAAAGGUGAGGGUGAAAGCUGCCUUGUAGACCUGUUGAUCAUGUGGGGCCAGGAGGGGCAAGGUGAUCAGCAGCUUAGGACUGGUGGUUUACACACCAUGGAGGCACUUGUAGCCAUGCAAGGCCUGCUCAAGAUGGCUGCAGCUGAAACCAUCAAGGGCAAGGCCAAGGUCAACAUGCCACUUGAGGAGCUGGAGGCCGGAGGCUGGAAGGCAGGGUAUAGUGGGACCAAAAGGGAAGGCACAGAAGGUGCAAAAGGUGGUGACGGAGCCACCAGCACAGCCGCGAGUGCUGGCUGCAAGACCAUGCCAGAACAGAGAGGCAGCAGUGGUAGAGAGCCCCAUGCUGGAGGCAAAGGAGGUUGGGGGCCAAGUGUGCAGUCGAUGGGUGCCAGCCAGGAGAACAACUGGCUAUGA